AUGACACCGGAGAGGACACGCUCGAGCCCUCCUUCUCGAACAGCUCAGCUCAUUCUUCAAACCCCUUCCUCAAUUUCCAGUUUACGCGGCUCUUUCAACACCUAAACGCCUUCUAAUUCUCUCCCUCUCUCUCUCUCUCUCUCUAUACAUACACACCGGACUGUAUCUAUAGCCUAUACACACAUGAAACAAUCUAAACACAUCACAUUGGGUUUCUCUCUCUAGGUUUCAGAUGCUCUGACCUCCUCUGUCUACAUACGCACGCGUCGUAUACACAUAUACCCGUAUAUUUAUAAUUAUAGCAUAAGCAGAUAUAUACGCCAAAAGCAUGGCAAUGGAAGGAAGUGAAUCUGUGCGCAAUGGGCCGUCGUCUGAGGUUCGCCAAACUCAGUCUUCGCCUCGCAAAUCGACUCCGCCUCCGGGCAAUGAAGAUAAGGGCACUCAUCUUAGGUUCCUUUUAUCAAAUGCUGAAGCUGGUUCUGUAAUAGGAAAGGGUGGCUCAACAAUAAAUGACAUUCAGUCACAAUCUGGAGCACGGGUCCAGUUGUCACGCAGCUAUGAGUGUUUUCCCGGCACAUCUGAUAGGAUUGUCAUGGUCUCUGGAACAGUUGAUGACGUAUUAAAGGCGGUUGAUCUCAUUCUUUCUAAAUUGCUGGAUGAGUUUUACGUUGAGAACGGAGGUGAAAUGGAUCCAGAAUCGAAAAUUAGAUUGGUUGUGCCCAAUAGCUCGUGUGGUGGAAUAAUCGGGAAGGGCGGAGCCAUUAUAAAGUCAUUGAUUGAGGACUCCCGAGCUGACAUUAAGAUAUCUCCCCAAGAUAUCUAUUACCCUGGGUUGCACGAUAGGUUAGUGACAGUGACUGGUACUUUAGGAGAACAAAUGCGGGCGAUUGAGUUGGUCCUACUGAAAUUGGUGAAGGACCCAUAUUAUCAGCAGUCUGCUAAUGCUCCAUUCCCUUAUCCAGCACUUAUGUACAGUGGGAUGAACUAUGGACCACCAAAUGGGGUUGGAGUUGGAGGGAAGUACCUGAACAACAGGGUUCCAAACAAGGAAGAUAGAAGCAGUUCGGUUACUAUUGGUAUUGCAGAUGAACAUGUUGGCUUAGUUGUUGGACGUGGUGGAAGGAGUAUUAUGGAGAUCAGUCAGCUUAGUGGAGCUAGGAUAAAGAUUUCUGAUAGGGGUGAUUUCAUGUCUGGGACAUCGAAUAGGAAAGUCACCAUCACAGGGUCUCAAAGAUCAGUUCGUAUAGCGGAGUCCAUGAUAUCACGGAAAGUUGCUUCAGUUGCUGAGAGAUGACGGAGUAGUCCUCAACUUCUUAUCUAAUCUUGUUAAGAUUUUUAGUCUUGGAUGACCUGGAAUUUCGUUCAGCGUUUGGCCAAUCCUGGAUUUGUCCAUAUCUUUUAUUAUGGUGAAAUUAAGCGAAUGAUCUGAUUCAAGCAAGAGGAUGGAUAUAAGUUUCACUGAAGAGUACCGUUAUCUAGAACUGAUGGCAGGAAAAAUGUUGCAUUUGACGCUGGCUGAAAAAAAAUUGCUUCCAUUGACCAAAUAUAAGCAUUUAAUGUUCCCCGUCUGUAUACUGGUGUAAUUUGUUAUGCCCAAGUGACAUAUUCGCUAAAUCUAGACUAGAGGAUUCUGAUUAUGCCUUUGACAUGUUAGUGUUACUAUUCUUUCCUUAAUGCCCUGCACUGUGAUGCAUAUAAGCAUCAUUAGUCACCUGGCAUAAAUAAAGAGAUGCGAGAAAUUUACUUGUUGAUGGCUCAACAAUUGGAUCUUUUCUGCAUUGUAGUCUGUGAUUUCUAAGACCAGCUGCACAUACAAACGCACACGUUCCUAUGCCUGAAGGAACUCAUGUUUUAUAAACCAUUCUACUGAUAUUUGUAGAAUUAUUAUCUUUUGCAUUUACA